GUCAAAUGAAUUUGUCAUUAGUGUAUAUCGUCACGGGAAAAUAAAUAAAUCACGAAGCAAACGCGAUCGUUUACAAAAUUAUAAAACAUUUUAAACAAGUUUAUAUCACGAAUAUUCUGAAAAUUACAAGAUGGGUUGUGAUGGAGGUACCAUUCCACGUCGAGAUGAGCUUGUACGGAUGAAGAAGAAGCCAGAACAGAAAGACAAGGAUGCUGAGAGAUCGUUUAAGUGGCGCAACUGUGCUCUAUCCCAGCAACCGCUGCAGACGCCCGUGGUGGCUUGUGGCUUGGGCAGACUGUACAGUAAAAGCUCCGUGCUUGAAGCACUGCUUGACAAAGAGACCAAGCCAGAGUCCAUCAACCACAUCAAGAGCCUUAAGGACAUCAAAGACCUGAACUUGGUGAAGAACCCAGCGUACACAGCGGCCGACCACACAGACGGUAACGUGGGUGAAGGCAAUGCCCCUUACAUCUGCCCCAUCAGUGGCCUGGAGAUGUCUGGAAAGUUCCGCUUUGUGUUCCUCUGGAGCUGUGGCUGUGUGCUUGCUGAGAGGGCACUCAAGGAGGUCAAGCAGAAUCUCUGCCAUAUGUGUCAGCAACCAUUCGUAGAUAACGACAUUGUUACACUCAACGGAACUGAUGAAGACAUUGAAAAGUUGAAAGAAAAGAUGGCAGUCCGAGUAGCCAGCAGGAAAAGUGGUAAAAAAUCGAAGGCAGACAAAACUGCUAAAGUUGAUAUCAAAGUUGAGCCGGCCACACCAGUCGCAUCUACAUCUACAGAAACUGUAACAGAGUCUGAUACCAUUAAAGAAGAGAAUGGCGUCAAAGCGGAACCAGAGGCUGGACCAAGCUCAAGUGCAGCUGUGAAGAAAGAAAUUGAAACAAUACCUUUGUCAUUGCCAAAAUACAACCCAAAUAAACAGACAAGGGGUCAUUUCGGGUCUUCAAAGCGCGUUCACCCAACAGAAUUGGCGCAAGACCCGUCUUACAAGAAGACAAAGAAAGAAUACAGUGUUGCUAAGGACCCACAAACUAGUGAAGUUUAUAAAUCACUGUUCACUUCACAUCAAACUGACAAAGAGCAAAAGCGAGCCCACUGGGUCACAUACAACCCAUUCUAUAAUUAAUGCUAUUUAUUUGUAGGAUCAAUUUAUUAAUUAAAAUAAAUACAACUUAAUACUU